AUGCAGAGCGGAAUCUCAGGUACCGCACGAGGACUUGCUCUGCACCUUCAAUGCUAAACUGACAAUACGUUGUAGCCUCGCAAGAGCUCCAAGAUGCUUUCAACCAAUUCGUCUCAGACGCCUCCCAACGAGCCCUCCUAGCAGGCAUCGAAGACGAAAAGCUCAUUCCCACCACCACCAUCCCCCUCCAAGCCUCUCCUUUCCAGGAAGAUCUCCAUCAGCUCCAAUCCCACCUCUCCCCGAGCGCGGCAGCCUACAUCCUCCUCAAAAUCGACCCUCACGCACCAGAUGGCUAUGUGGCAGUUACCUUUGUGCCGAAUUCCGCCCCGGUCCGGCAGAAAAUGCUCUUCGCGUCCACACGCUUGACGCUCGUGCGCGAACUCGGGAUCGAACGGUUCCGAUCUACGCUCUUCGCGACGGAAAAAGAGGAAUUGACGGCUUCCGGCUGGGCGAAACACGAACAGCAUGAGAAUCUCUCCGCGCCUCUGACGGAGGAGGAAGCGGGCCUGGCGGGCGUGAAAGAGGCAGAGGCGCAGGAAUCGCAGGGCACGAGUGCGCGGAGGGGACACGUGAGCAGCAAAGUCAACGUGCCCACUGGUGACGGUGUGCUGGAAGCACUGGCGUGCCUGAAAGAAGAAGACUGCAGAGGAACACUGGUGCAGUUGAAAUUCCAACUUCCCGAUGAGACUCUGACGUUGGACUCCUCUGCCGACGCGGUCCAGCCUUCGGAUGUCGCGGGUCAUAUAUCUACGACUGAGCCGCGGUAUACGUUCUACUCUCAUCCUUCCGGGACGCAGGCCGAGCCGAAGAUUUGGUUUAUCUAUACUUGUCCGAGCGCGUCGAAGAUCAAGGAGAGGAUGGUAUACAGUACUAGCAAGAGCUGGACGAGGAUUGUGGCGGAGCGUGAUGCUGGCAUCACUGUUACCAAGUCUUUGGAGGCGACGGAACCGAGUGAGAUUACGGCGGAAUCGUUGGGUGGUGACGAGAGUGCGGAACAGUCUGCAGCUGAGAACAUGAAACCGAGCACUGGAUUUGCUAGGCCGAAGCGUCCUGGAAGGAGAUGA